GAAGCCGCAAGGUUUCCACUUUCGGUUCCGUUUUCUAGUAUCUGAGCGAGCAGCGGCCGCUUUCUCGUCCUUGCCUGAGCUCGGCUUCUACGGACCGUCAACCGGGAAGAGUCGCGCCCGCUCCGACGGCUGUUGUCUGGGAUCAAUCCUGGUUACUUUACCCGAGCUGUCAAGGAAACAGGAAGAGAAGCUGCAGAGACUCGGACUGCCAUGGCUUCAGCCUCCACCUGCACAGAGGUAGAACAGGAAGCCCAGUGCCCCAUUUGCUGGGAAUAUUUGAGAGAACCCGUGACCUUGGACUGUGGUCACAACUUCUGUCGAAAGUGCAUCUCCUUCUACUCUGAAAUAUGUGAAGAAAUAAAGGACUUGGAGUGUCCCCUUUGCAGCAUUCAAAUUCGGAAAGAACCUUUCCGGUCAAACUGGCAGCUGAGAAAUUUAAUAGAAGCAAUUAAACGGCUACUGAAUCCAAGGAAGGAGGAUGUGUGUGCAGAACACAAGAAAAAGCUCCAGUUAUUUUGCAAAGAAGAUGAAGAAUUGGUGUGUUCGGUUUGUAGGUGCAGCCGAGAGCACAGAACACACACGGUAGUAACCUUGGAGAAGGUAUCUCAGGGAUACAAAGAUCAAAUUUCUGGCUGCCUGAAACUUCUGAAAGAUAAAAAAGCAGCAUUAUCACUGUCCAUCUCAAAUACAGAAAAGAAGAGUCAAGACCUGCUUAAUCAAGUAAAAGCAGAGAAGCAAAAGACAGCAGCUCAUUUCCGGGAAUUGCAUCAAUUCCUGGAGACAGAAGAAUACUUUCUGCUGGCCCAGAUUCAAGAGAUGGAGAAAGAGAUUGUAAGGAAUAAGGAAAGCCAUGUAGCCAGACUCUCCGAGGAGCUUUCUUCUCUGGAUACCCCCAUGAAGGAGCUGGAGGAAAAGUGUCAGCAGGUGCCAAGCAAGCUUCUGCAGGAUAUUAAAGGCACCUUAAAAAGGUGUCAUAUGGAGAAGCAGGAACACCCCGAGGCUUUUCCUUCUGCAACUAAGUGGCGGAUCUCGAACCUCUGUGAUAUAAAUUACUUUCUGGAAGGUGCCACUAAUGCAUUUAAAGACACUGUGAGAUCUGGAUAUCAUCUGCAGAAAGAGAGCGUGAUCCUGGAUCAAAACACGGCUCAUGCCAAGCUCAUUCUGUCCAACGAUAAGAAGAGCGUGUGGGUUGCAGAUGGUCCUCAAGUCCUGCCUGAAAAGCUUUCGCAGUUUGAUCACUGGCAGUGCGUCCUGGGGACUAAGGGCUUCGUCUCUGGCAGGCACUUCUGGGAGAUCCUUGUAGAAAAUCAGGAGAAAUGGUCCAUUGGGGUGGCGCAAGGCUCCGUGCCCAGGAAAGGCAGAUUUCCCUUGGGCCCUGUAGAAGGAAUCUGGGCCGUGGGGAAAUGGGACAGGCAGUACUGGGCUCUGGAUUGUCCUGGCCGCCUUCGCCUUUCCCCAGAGAGAGACCUGAAGCGGAUCCGUGUGACCCUGAACUACCUUGGGGGCCGGGUGGCGUUUUUUGAUGCUGACACAGAAGAACUGCUCUUUGCUUUCUCCUCCGCCUUGUUCUAUGAGGAAAAACUUUAUCCCUUCAUUUGGGUGUGGGGCACAUCCUAUCUCAGACUCUGCUCUUGAGACUAAGGCCUAAAACGGGCCUCAGCCACCAGCCGAAGGGGCAGCCUGCACUUCCGUCCUUCAGUACUGACUUUUCCAGCCUCCCUCCAUGAUGAUUAUUCACUGCUCUUUAUUGCAUCUGCGUUUGCAGCCCAAUAGCCAACGCCUUCUGCGGUUUAAGCAGUUCUCUGCCCAGUGUGCAGGUACACCCUGCUUGUGUACCUCCUGUACACAUCUGUCGGGAGGCAGAUGGCCGCAGUUUGGCCGGGAUGCUUACUGCACCAAAGUAGAGGGGAGAGAAGGACCCAAAAUGCCGGUACACGUACUGGCUGCUCAUACUCCACCUGUGCCCUCCUUCAGCAGAGUGGGAAAGAUGGUGGACACUGGUGGGGGAAGCCCUGGGAGGCUCCCCCAUCUCACUGCAGAGCUUUCUCGGGGACAGAUUUGGUCCGGCCACCAGACCGAUCGCUCCCCCACUGCAGGCACACGUGUGCAAACUUAGCACAAGUUGCAGGGCCUUCACAACAAUGCAUGAAUGAGAAGACACUAAAAGGUCCUUCAGCUCCCAGUAUUCCCCAGCCAGCCGUUGUGACCUCUGGGUUCAACCUGAUGCCUGUUCUGACAGAUGGUGCCUUUAGAACGUUGCAGCCAGACUUGCACACAGGUCGGCAGGAUAGACCAGAAAUGCGUGUGCAUUUCCCAGCUGGCCUCCAGCUCAUUUCUCAGGUCCAUUUCAGGUGCUCUCUUUGGCCAGUAAAGCCCCACACAGCUCAGGGAUGGCAUAUUUCAAGCUUUCCCCCACUACUGUGAGCUUGUCUGCAGUCUGUGCUCCAUUUUUGUAGCCCACUUUUGUGAGCCGAAGUCCAGGGCAAAGCUGGGGCACCCUGCAACGGAAGAGCCUCUCAAGAGAAGUUACUCUUGGACUACUGGAGCCAAAGACUCUGUCAAGCCUCUGACGAGAGGUACUUUUGUCUGCUGUUUUUAAUAUUCCAUUCUUUACUGCCAUGUACUAUUUCUACUAUUUAUAAUAUACUAUUUGUAUUGUUUUAUCGGUUAGCUUUAUUAGGGAUUAUAUUGUUGUGGUUUAUAAAAUAAUAAUUUUAAAACAAUAAAAUAAAUUAAUAAACCAUCAUAUCUGUAGAAA